AGUAAGUCGGCGGCCGCGUCAGGAGGAGGACGGGGGUCGCUGCGUUGCCUUUCGUCUUGCCUGAUUUCUCGAACUCGACGAGGCCCGGGACCAGACGCGGCGCCGCAGUGCCAUGCCUGCGACCAACCGCAGCAAGCCAGCCAUGGAGCUUUACCGCCCACCCACACUCCGAGGACCCGGCAUCUUCGACAACGCGAACGGCGACGCAGUCUACAACGGCAAAGUGGCAUCGAACGGCGGCUAUCACGAGAGCAAGUCGGGCCUCAACGUGAACGCGCGCGAGUUCGUCUCCGUGACCACCACCAGGCCGCCGCUACAGCACUCUAAGUCCUCCAGCAGCGUCCCUCUUCAGGGACGGCAAGACGGGCUGCAGCACUCCAAGUCCGGCAGCAACCUUCGUCAGAGCAGUAACGGCGAGGUGCGGCCCCCCAGUGGUUCCCCCCCCAGGGUACACUUCAGCGACGACAAGGAGAAUGACCCACAGCUCAAGUUCUCCCGCCCUCCCUCCCUGGCCGUGGGGGUGCUGAGCCAGCCGGGCAUCAAGCGAUCAAAGUCUCUCGGAUCAGCUGACCUGCGCGCGACCCAGCUGCUGGAGGCGUCGACUCCCCCCGCCGCCAUGCCCGACCUGGGGCCCUUCUCGCCGGACGUCCAGGGCGCCAUCACCAAGGCCAUGACAGACCCGAACAGCGUGAGCGCCCGCCAGCUGAUGGAGGUGGUCCGGCACGUGUUCACGCGGGUGGUCGAAGCUUCGCGCCACGCCGAGCCCGCGGCCAGACUCUGCAUCUCGAUCAUUGAGAAAGAGAAGAACGAAACAUUCCUGGAAACUCUUCUGAACACGUGUCAGGAGUACUUCCAAGAGCGCGACCGACUGCUGCGCAACAACCCCCCCGCCCCCUACCCAGGCUUCGUACCGGCGCAUCCGAGGUGGAUCGCGUACAUGACCUUCCUCAAUGAGAUGUAUACGCAGCUCAAACGACGGCAUGUGCAGCUCAUGACGAAACGGAUGAGGAACAGUGAAACUCCCGCAGGACUUCUUCUCCUGACACUUCUCUCGCAGUGUUGCCAAGUCUGCCUCAAGGAAAAUUCUGUGAAUAGUCUUGCAGAGACUGAAUGCUUAUUCUUCGUGCUGACGGGCCUGGGGAAGGACAUCGAAGUGGAACUCCCUCACCAGAUGGCUAAGGUGAUGGGGGCAGCCAGAGACGCCUUCCUCACCACUGUGCGAGUCCCUGCCGUGCGCAAGACCCUCCUGCAGUUGAUCGAGAUGCAUGCGGCGAGGUGGCAGCUUCCGGCACCAGCUGUUAUGUACUACUAUCCAGGGUCGGGGAGUAAAUAAUGAAAUGUAAACGAAGUCUUUGGUUUUGUGGGUCCCAGAUACAUUGAGUUUCCUUUUUUUUAUAUAUAUAUAAAAUCUGGUGCCAAAGGUGUUUUUGUUGUGGAAGGAAAAGACUUCGUAUGAAAGGAAGGGAAAAUAAUUGCCAUGUUUGGGUAAUUGACUUGUUAAUGUUACUCGUUACUCGCUUGGCCAAAGAAUAUUCUUUUCUUUAAUAAUUACACAAAUCCUGGUCUUGGCGGUGACAUUAACAGGAAAAUGUUCUUUCAAACAAGUGCCGUAACUUAGGCACUCCUGGCCUAGUCAUCCAUGUUUGCCUUGUCAAGAAACAGAGUCAAUCACAAAGCAACUACAAGAAAAUUGGUUGUCUGACAACGUAAGGAACUUUUCAUCAUACAGACUCUGCUCUGGAAUGUGAAUGUGUAUCGACUUUGGUUUCACUGUCGAAAUUUAAGGCUGUUAAUCAAAGCAUUACAUCAAACAACAAUGAGCUUUGGCUGUUUUCUGUCACUUGUCCAAAUCUUCCCAAAACAUUGGCUUUUUUACAUUAUCAAGAACAUAUGAAAGGAUUUUUUCAUCUCCAACUGACAGCAUGAUCACUACCCCACUUCUCUAAAGCAACAACAGAUAAAAGUGCACAUUUACAGUGCCUAUUGCAAGACCCAAAGAGUUAUACAAAACUUAAUGAAGAAACGGGAGGCAAGCUACCCUUGUGCCAUGUUGUUGUGCUAGUUUACAGUACUCCACUGGGAUGCCUUUCCUCAGUGGCUUUGAACCUGCCGCCAUACAGUGUACCGCCGCUCGCAUGUUGAGACUCACGGGACAAGGUUGCCAGUUAUGUCCCAAGGCAGAGGAGGUGUGCUCUGGGGGGACGCCCGCUGUUCCUCGUGAAACCUAAAGCUCUUUUGUGUGCACCAGAAGGAGGGAUGUCUUAGUCUGACUCCUCUAACGAUCGACCGACGUUGAUAAAACGAUUCUCGAUACUUCUCUCGAGUGACAGCCCGUGCGGCAAGGCCCGGGCGGUCAUCCUCAAGGUAAUGAAGUGGCCAGCUGGAGGCAAGGAGAAGCCCGGAGGCUGUGGGUGUUCUCCGCGGUGCUCCCUCGACGGCUCUUCGUGCAGGGAGCUCACACGCCUCACUGCUCGCAAGGUUCCCACACUCGCUGGAUCUGAGACUGGGGUGCUGGCAGACUUUUAGAAAAGAAAGAGCUCAUCAUUGUUCCUUAACCAAAGGUAAAUGCCUAGAAAGUGAAAUUAGUUGUACUGAAACACUCAGAAGGGGCCAGAAAUGUCAGCCUCGUUUAUCA